AGGCGGCGCCUCGGGUCGGCUUCCCCUAUAGCUGAGCGCCGGAGCUGGGCGCCGGCCUUGCUCGCGCCGCUGCUGCCGCUGCCUGCCCGAGCCGCGCGCUUCGGGCCUCCGCUGCCGCCGGCGCGAUGGACCUGCGGAUCCUGGAGUCCCGGGUGCGGGUGCUAAGCCUGGCCCGCGGCGGCCUCUGGCUUUACACGCACCCGCUGCUCAAGAUGCUGCUCCUGCCCCAGCGAAGCAGGUGCAAAUUCUUCAGCCUAACUGAGACUCCUGAAGACUAUACGAUCAUGUUGGACGAAGAAGGCUUUAAAGUUUUGUUUUUUGAACCCCAAAUCCUGGCUCUCCUCACUUCCCUUCCAGAGCUGCCCCCGUCUGAGUUCCUGCAAGUUGUGGAUUCUGCCUGGCUGGUGCUCAACGUCUCCUCCAACGGCAGUGCCCCAGCCAACAUCCAGCCUAUUGGGGUCACUAAGAUUGCCAAGUCCGUCAUUGCACCAUUGGCAGAGCACAACGUCUCGGUGUUAAUGCUCUCCACCUACCAGACAGACUUCAUCCUGGUGCGGGAAAAGGACCUCCCUGUCGUGAUCCACACACUGGCAGGCGAGUUUGAUAUUUACAAGGAGGUGAACGGGGAGCCGGUCCCCGCAAACUGUGAAGAUGUGAGCAAUGGGUUUCUCAAGCCAAAACAAGAGGUGAAUCCCACCGUCCACCCAGUGCAGAGUCCCCAGAACAGGUUCUGUAUCCUGAGCGUUGCCCCCGACUCCUUGCCAGCCAUUGCCACCAUCCUCAUUGAUGUCCUGUUCUACUCGUGCAGCCCUCCAAAGGAAACCACUUCAGCCAGCCAAGACCUUGACUCCAUUACGUUCUUUGCCUUUUCGCUGAUUGAGGGCUACAUCUCCAUUGUCAUGGAUGCGGAGACGAAGAAAAAAUUCCCCAGUGAUCUCCUGCUGACCAGCUCCUCAGGGGAGCUCUGGAGGAUGGUGAGGAUUGGUGGGCAGCCCCUGGGAUUUGACGAAUGUGGGAUUGUGGCUCAGAUUGCUGAACCUCUGGCUGACGCAGACAUCUCCGCAUACUACAUCAGCACCUUCAAUUUCGACCAUGCCUUGGUUCCAGAGGAUGGCAUUGAUAACGUCAUUGAAGUGCUUCAGAAACGACAGGAGAGUGGGAGAUAGCUCCUCGGUCUCUCUCAGCAUCUUCAGUGCCUACUUAAGCAUGCAAGCUGAGUGGAUCCUUGUCCCAGGACGCCUGUUCCCUGAAGCAAGGCAGUGACACCCACAGCAAUUGACUCUGCACAAAGCUGACAGCGUGUCUCCAACCAGCUGCUGGGGGGGGGGGAGUUGUUGCUGUUUGCUCCCAGCAGGGGGAAGUCUUGUGCCUUCUUUCUAAAUACUCCCUCAGAACUGGUUGGGUUGCGAUUGCCUGGGGCUGACUUCAGUAUUCUCAAAGCCCCCCUCUGCUAGCCUUCCAGACCUAUUGUUUGGUCCUCCGCCCUGCUGAAGGUGGAGCCAAGGAGAGCAAUGUUUCCCCCAGUAGUCCGCUGGCAGGAGAUUCCUCUCUCUGUUUUUGCACAUUUCCUGAGCUUUCCCAGUUGGAAGACAAGCCUGGAACUUUUUUUGUUUUCCUAAUUUGUUAGAAUUGCACAUAGUUCCCUAUAUUCUAGGGUUGAGGGUUUUUUUUGUUGUGUUUUUUUAACGCACAGUUCUGAUUGGGAAAUACUGGGGCCGUUUCUUGUAGAAGUGGCUGGAUGAGUGAACUGGAGGUGAUUUAUAUUCCUUUUUGUCUCCCAUCAAAUUCCUGUUGGUAGGUCACUUGUUCAGUGGCUGUUUCCAGAGCCUUCUCGCACAAUCACCAAACCCUUUUUUAUCAGGGCGGUGCCGUCCGUUUAACAGUAUUAGGAUGAUGCAUUGGGGUAGCCAGCCUGGUGCCUGCCCAGAUGUUGCCGGACUCCAACCGCUGUCAUCCCUGAUCCAUUGGCCGUGCUAGCUGAGGCUGAUGGGAGUUGGAGUCCAGCAACAUCUGCAGGGCACCAGGUUGGCUACCCCCUUGCAUUAAUGGACAGGAAAUAAUAGUUGCCAAAUCUCCUGGGUGGGGAGAGGAACUUGAACAGAAAAUGCACCCUUAUUUGCUUUUUCUCCCCCCCCUCAUGGCCUUAAAGCCUUAGAGUGCCUUCUUGUGCUUUUAAAAAGCAUGAAAUUGAGAUAUUAUCCCAUUUCCUUUGGGCUAAGGGCAUAGAACAGGUUGCUAGCCUAUGGCAGGCUGUCAAGACUUUGAUAACAGCCCCAUCUAGGGUUGAUUUAUUCCUUUUUUGGCAGUGGGGGGCAGGGACAGACAGAGGGCAGCUGGCUCUUGUGAGUAGCAUAGUCACAGGGGGCACCCUAUAUCAGAGCUUCUUCUGCAGCAGGAUGGGGGGGGGAGUUAGAAAAUGGGUGGGUGGGGAUCCCAUGCUGAAGACUUUCCUGCUAACUUAAAAACAAACUAUCAGCCCAUUGCGGGGGAGAGGUCCUUGCUGAGCCAGGGAUGGGGAGAUUGUGGCCUCCCAGAUUUUGUUGGACUCCCAACUCCCAUCAGCACCAGCACUCAACGUGGCCAGAGGCCAGAGAUGAGGAUGGGAAUUGGAGUCCAUCAACAUCUGGAGGGCCACAGAUGUUCCUUAUCCCUUUUGUGGGGCUAAUUCUCCAGUCCCAGGGAGAAUCUUAUGUGGUGGUAGUGGUGGUGGUGGAUUCAAAAAUGUGAUUCCCUACCCAGAAAUUGCCUGCAGAAGCCACAUAGCCCCUUCUGUGCUCUCGUGCCCCCGGAGUUCUUUCCAACUUGUCUUGCUUCAUGUGUAGAUCCAGCUUGACAGUUUGGGUUGUGAGAGGAUUGGGGGUUAAAAACAACCACAAACCAGCAGCAGCCCCGCUCCAUGUUAGAAAAGAGGGUUGUCGAGAUCAUGCAACUCUUGGGUGCUAUCCCAGAUGGCAGAUGUUUGUAGGGAGUGUAGUGCCAAACCUCGGUUGUUGGGAUUCAUCUCAAGGAAAGGCCGGUUCUCAUUCUGUUCUCCAUUGGGGAAACCUUCAUGUUCCCCAUUAGAAGGCAGCCUCGUGAAAGCCGUCGAGGUUCCUGUGUGGUUCGCUGUCAGCUGUAAAGAACCUGCAGGGGAACCAGAGCGAGCUGAAGAACCCUGCCUCUCUUUCUGUUUCGGGUUUGUGUGUGUUGGGGAGAGCAGAAGUUCUUAAAGAGUGUGCCCCAGAAUCCGAGCCUUUGGCAAGUUCUCGGCCUUCCACAGGUGCUCGCAGGAUGACCUUUUUGAAGCCGCUUGAGUGCAGUCUGCCUUCUUGUGGUUGAUUCAGGAAAAAGCUGUGCGUCUGGAAUAACUGGAGCCUUUUGCUUUGCAAGAAAGGGAGCCUAUCCUGUGCAUUUGUCUUUUGUAAAGCAGAUUGCCUGGGUCUGGGCCUGCUAGGAAGAGGAACCCCUUUCUCCGGGAGAGGGCAGGGUUAGGUCCCACAGCUGUGUUGGGUUUCAGGCUUAUGUUAGGAAGAGCUUUAGAAAAAUAAAAACCUGUGGCUGACUGUCCUUUGCAUGCCUGGAUUUCCAUAGCUGCCAAGCGGAGAUGGAGCUGACUCUCUGGGCACUGCAAGUCUCAGCCCCACCUGUUGGCCAAGUGAUACGCAACCUGAGCUGCUCCUUCUUAACACUCUCCCUCUGCUUGCUCCCUUCCAGCUCUUUUGCCUGCCACAGGUGAAGGGGAUGUAGCAACAGUUGCUGAGCAACCCUGUCUUCCCUUUCUGUAGACCUGGUGAAUGGGCAGUCCAAGCUAGGCAGCCACAAAGUGGUGAUGGGAGCCGGGUAAGGUCACGGUUAGGUUUGCUGGGGUGCCGGUCCCAUUCGCCCUCUGGAUGGGUUGGCCCAGAAGACUCGGGACAGCCAGGGCAGAAGAUGGGCAGUUGCAGCUUAGGAUAGUUGGCACUCCUCUGGCAGAGCGAAGGAAGCUGAGAGCAGCAGUGCCUUUCUUAGAAAAUGUUUCAGUAUUUGAUAUGGGGAUGGGAAUCGGUGCAGUCAGACAGGCAAGUCACCUAACCUAUAUACCUCGAGAGAAAGAGAGAGUGUCAUAGGGGUUGCUAUGGCUUCCUGGUUUUCUGGUCUAAGGUGACUUACCCAGCUGAACUUCUUUUCAACGCUACUCAAAUGUAAACCAGCUUGUCUGCCGCAAGAAUCCAAAGUCCUAUGUACGUUUGUUUGUGUGUAAUUUUUGUGUGUGUGUGCAUAGUUUUUAAUUUUCUCAAUAAAGGUCAUUCUUUUUCCAAAAA